UCUUUCAUGAUUUAAAAAGCAAUUUUGCAAUUGAUGUGUGUCUGUGUGUGAAUCCCGGAGGACCGUUUUGAUCGUAUUUUCGGUGACAACGACGUAAAUAAUAACUUUCGUUGCUCAUUACGUGUCAUUCGUUCUCCCUCCGUAGUCGUUAUGACACCGUUUUUGUCAGAAGUUUGUUACUUUAACAAGCAUACGAUCACCGCCACCGCCACCGGCCAUACUUUCCUGUCAUUCUCCGGUUGCUGAUCCGGAUCGACGACAGGCACGAUGAGUCAGGUAUUCGAAGGAUAUGAGCGUCAAUACUGCGAGAUUUCAGCCAAUUUAUCACAUAUAUGUGCGUCGGCCAGUGUUCUUGAUGGAGAGCAGAAGAAACAGAGGGUUUCAGAAAUAGCAGGAGGAAUAGACGAGGCCGACACUCUGUUACGCAAAAUGGACCUUGAAGCAAGGAGCACACCAGCUGGCACCAAGGCAUCGCUUCUUGCCAAGAUUCGUGAAUACGAAAACGACCUCAACAGCCUCAAAACUGAAUUGAAAAGACUCCAGCCCAGCAACCCUAAUGCUAAUGCUGCUCGAGAUGAGCUACUUGAAUCAGGAAGAGCAGAUGCAAUGCAGGUGUCAGCUGAUCAGAGAGGAAGACUGAUGAUGUCCACCGAGAGGUUAAACAAGUCAACCGACAGAGUCAAGGAAAGUAGAAGAACAAUGAUGGACACCGAAGAGCUCGGUGUUUCAAUCCUCCAUGACUUACACCAGCAACGCCAGUCUCUCCUCCAUGCAAACACCACUCUCCAUGGGGUGGAUGAUACUAUUGGAAGGAGCAAGAAACUUCUGACAAAUAUGUCAAGGAGAAUGAACAGGAACAAAUGGAUCCUGGCUUCCAUUAUUACAAUCCUACUUCUUGCAGUCAUUUGCAUCCUUUACUUCAAGCUCACCCGUUAGCUUUCUCUCUCUCACAAUCUUAGGCAACAUUUAAAUUUUUUUUUUUCAAUAACAAAAACUAUCAUGUCACAUUCCUUUGAUAAAUUCUUUACAAACAGGUACAAGAAAGUUGUCAUUUAUACUUGACAAAAAUUACACGACUCCGUCAUUUUUCAGUUUAGAUACUUGAAAAAAGGCAAAACAGUCGUCCAAGAAUAUAGUAUAUAUAUGAUUAGAAAAUACUGGCAAAAUAGGUAACAAAUUUUCAGUUAUGGAAAACUGAAAAAUUGUUUUCAGGAGAUGAAUCUCUACCCUCUUCAUCUUCUUCAUCAUCAAUGUCAUUAUCAUCAUCUUCAUCAUCAAAAUCAGUAGAAGUAGGUUGGCCAUUAAGAUCCACAUUAAUCCCAUUAAUCUUCCUCACAAACUGUCCUCUGACACGUGGUCGCCUCUCUGCUAACUUUUUCCUAUUCACAUAUCUGAUUUUCUUAUCAAAGCAUCGUUCUUUUCUCUUCUGUCUAAACUUCAUCAAAGCCGCUUCUCUACGGUCAAGUCUACUAUUAUUACUAUGCACCUUUACAUUAUUCGAUGGACUCCCGUAUCCCAUCCAUGGCUGCUGCAUUGCAUUUGCCCCGGGCAGGCAAAGGUUAACCGGGUAGUAAGGGAAUGAUCCCAUUCCCAUUCCGGGCAGAUGGGGCGGCAGUGGCGGGCAAUGCAUAACAUGAUUGUAAUGGUUCUGUAAAUUCAUCGGGCCCGGAAGGUAAUAAGGAUAAGGGGAAUACGCGUUAUAACCCGAAACAUCCGGAUGUUGAUAGUUGCUGCCCGGUUGGUGGAUCUGUGCCUCGGGCAGAUCAAAUGUCUUUGAGUUCAUUGGGUCGGAGGGACCCGAGAUUAAAUCAUGAUGCCCUUGAGUAUCGCUAAGGUUGACCGGGGUUAGUUUGUUUUCUAAUUGUGGAGGAAUGGGUUCGUUGAUUGUUAUGGAACUUCUACAUGUGUUUGAUUUGACAUAUGUAAAGAAGGCGGAUGAUUGACCGAUUCUGAGUUCACUCUUUUUUGGACCGAAUGUAACUUUCCCUGAAAAUGAAGCUUAUAAGAUAUGUUAAAUCAUGGAAAUAUUUAAAAAACUAAAAUUAAAUAGAAUAUGGAUUGAGAUAUGUUGAUGUUAACAACCUCGGUGUUGUUCGUUAAUUUCCGGGACAUUAGGGGGGUUGUCUGAUAAGUUGAAUGGUUGUGUGUUGACAAAACUAGGAGGAGGUGUUAUCAUGUUAUUCUGAAAAAGAAUUAAGAGUAUAUAGUUAAUUAUUUAGUAGCUGGGUAAUUCCAAUUCCAGUGAACAAGAUUCUGACCUCGGAUUCCGGAGGAAUGGAAAGAGGGAUCCCGGGAUUGGGGCUCUUGUUGGACUUGUCAUCUGUGUCAUCUGAAAACAGAGUGGUGCUGUUUGUAUUGGCAUCACUAGGAUCUGAAGCCACUAUGUCGAAUUCACAGUUCAUGAUGUUCUUCUCAGCCAGGCCAAGCUGUAGAUAAGUAGAGAUUUAAAGAGAAAAAUAAGCAAAACAGAUUAUGAUUUUUCAUAUUCAUAUUCCUUUUAUAGAUUCUGUUCUUUUCAAAAAGAAUCUUUGAACACCUAUAAUCUGUCACAUGUUUGGUCGAAAACUAAAAAAGAAAA